UUGCUCCGCCAGCCGCCUUCUUCCCCUACUGGCCUACUCCCUGCUCGCGCUCGCCAGGCGGGGGCCAUGGGUUCCUGCUUCUCAUCGGAGGGCGGCGGCAGCAGGAGGAAGGCGCGCACGGCGACGUCGCGGAUCCCGCGGGCCGAGCAGUCUGAGUCGAUCGUCCCGACCGAGCUAGUCAUCCCAGAGAUGGUAGAAUCAGUGGACACAGUGGAGGCCCCUCAUGCUGAGUUCAUCACAAACCAUGGUCUAGAGGGGUACAAGAAUUUCACCUAUAAUGAGUUGUAUGUGGCAACAGAUGGCUUUAGAGUAGACCGCCUCCUGGGACAGGGUGGGUUCGGCCAAGUGUAUAUGGGCUUUCUUGACAGCACCAAUCAGGAGGUGGCGAUAAAGAGGCUUGAUCUCCAGGGACAGCAAGGGGAUAGGGAAUUCGCCAAUGAAGUUGUGAUGUUGAGCAGCCUGCACCACCCAAAUCUUGUAAAGCUUGUUGGUUAUUGCGCUAACAAUGGUCAGAGGAUCUUAGUUUAUGAGUAUAUGCCUUUGGGUUCCCUGUAUAGUCAUAUCCACGAUCUUCCCCCCGGUCAGCAGCCUCUUGACUGGAGUACAAGAAUUAAUAUACUUCUUGGUGCUGCGAAAGGUCUUGAAUAUUUGCAUAGCAAGGCCCCUCCUGUCAUUAAUCGUGAUGUGAAAAGCGCAAACAUUUUGCUUGGAGAGGGGUAUCACCCAAAGCUGUCUGACUUCGGCUUAGCAAGGCUAGGUCCAACUGGUGAUAAUACCCAUGUUUCAACUAGAGUUAUGGGUACACAUGGAUAUUGUGCACCAGAGUAUCUGAUGACCGGUAAAUUGACUGUAAGCACAGAUGUCUAUAGCUUUGGUGUUGUUAUGUUGGAGGUUCUCACCGGAAGAAUUGCUAGAGAUGAAAGUCUCCCUGAACCUAAUCGAGACCUUGCUCUAUGGGCUGACGAACAGGGAAUCGCCAAUCUGGUAGACCCGGCGCUGCAGGGUCAGUGCUCCCUGAAUCGUUUGUCCCUGGCCUUUGCUGUUGCUAGAAGAUGUGUCCGUGAAUUACCAGAUAGGAGGCCAACCAUGCCAGAAAUUGUCACCGCUCUCACUAGGAUCUCAGCGCCGGAGCCCAGGAGGCGGCGGUUUGAGCGUGGGGGACCAAGCACACCGGCUAGAACUAGCUCUGAUGGGAACCAAGCGCAGGGUCAAGAUCAGGGAGAAGGAAGCUGAGGAGUCCAGUGCAAAGCAAAACAAUGAUGCUCUUCUGUUAGGACCAGCAUUUUGUGGUGAUGUUUAGUGCCUGUAUGGGAGCCAGAACAGGCUGUGGUCCCUGUAAGCCUGUUCAGAUGAUAUGGUAGAAUUGAAGGGAGGUACAUGUUGAUGAAUUUUGCUAAUAGAGGCCAUAGCUACCCAGUCUUACUCUUGUGUUUGUUGUGGCUGAGGCUUGUUCCCCUUGCUUUAGCUGUUUGAU